UCGCCAUACCUGCAGUUGUUGGGUCGGAGGCGAACGCCGUGAACGAUCUUAUCAACGCUGACCCCGCCAUGAAAAAGGCUGCAUACCUAUUCACUGUGGAAAAUCUUAACCUUCACAAGCUGUCCCCGGUUUCAGAUCCCAAGUUGUUGUGGACUAUUCCUGGGUCAAAGAAGAUGAAGGCUACCUCGGCUGACCCUCGUUCAGGUGAAGGUGAGGCUGAGGGUGUGCCGGAGGGAGUCUCCCUUGGACACGGGCAACCUUACUAGCUGUCCUCGUCCCCCAGGGGAUGUCCUCCCUUUGUCCCUUCCGACCCUGACAUAGCUUCCCAAUCCCAAGGUCAACAGGCCAUACUGGGGCAUUUUGUUUGCCCCGACCCCACGGACAUUGACGCUUUUCCUCAGGCUCCCCUCGACCCCGGUCCAUUGAGGGCUUACUUUCCCGAUCUUCCUGCACCCUCUCUUGAUCUGCCUGGGGCUCAUUUUUCCAAUUUCCUGCACCCCUCCUAUUUCGGCGAGCGAGUCGUCUGUCCUUACCCAGCCGGGUACCCUUGGCUCGGAAGGGGCACCCUGGGUGGGUCACAUGGCGGCCUCUUACGGGUGGCGGUAUGUCCAGAUCGCCUCAGACCUCCCCGAAGCUGAUUGGAGUGGUCUUGGGAGUUUCGCCAUGUCAGAUCUCGGGGAGACUCUUACACGCACUAUUGCUUGGGCCUAUACCGUGGCUCAGCGGUUUGCCGGCUCGGCUCACGACCUUUCCGCGUCGAGUACCGAGAGGGACCGUCUUGCGGCCCGGGUCCAGGAGCUCGAGAGAGAGCUUGAUGAAACCAAGUCUAGGCUAGAAAAGGCCUUGGCGAAAAUUUCUGGCUCGUCAAAAAGGAAGAAGAAGGCAGUUGUCAAGGCCAUGAUGUUGCAGGAAAGGGUCACCAGCCUAGAGGGUGAACUCCAGGGUGCCAAGGCUACGACGGAUGCGUCGCAGGAGAGGGUCGCUUCCCUAGAGGCCGAACUUGAGGUUGCUAAGGCUACUGUAGUUGCGUCGCAGGAGAGGGUCGCCUCCUUAGAGGCGGACAGGGUAGCCAUUGAGUAUAGGUCUAUAGAGCGCACCCUCUAUGGUGUAUGGAGGCAGGAUCCAAACUUCGAUUUCUCCUCCUUUGGCGAGCACGCCGUCGCCCGGGCGGCUGAGUGGAACGCCCAGGGCAGGAGGCCCUGAGAUCGUUAUUUCAUAAUUUUUGCCAGUUAGCCCGCUGUGGGUGCAUGCUCAUUUGAGCCCUGUUGUGCUUGUAGUAAUUUUUUUUUUUAAAUCUUGCCAUGUUACUAAGACUUUUUUUUUUAAUAUAUACAUAUGC